UUAAGGGGUCUUUCAUGCAGGUCCCCAUAUCUGUACCCUAGAGUUCAAAGUGGGGAAGGAACCUUGACAGUCUCCUUCCCCAGCAGGCCUCCGGCAGGCUGUGGGAUGAGAGCUCAUCUCCCAGGAGCUCCAGCUCCAGCUUCUGAGGGCCAAGACGAGGCCCCUCAAUCGCAGCCGCACCCUCAUGUUUUCUAUAUUUGUAAAACAAGAAGUUUCUGUUUGUUGCUACUGGCCGGGCUGGGGAAAAGCAGUGUUUGCAUUUACUGUUCAGGGCAGGUGCUCAGCUACCACGGGGAUGGGUGAGACAUACAAACCGCGCUCGAUCCUGCGUGGCCCCUUGGGAUGUGGACUACAUGGGGCCUGACAGGUCUCUUCCUCUCCGUUGUCCCCUUACUUCUGUGGCUCUGUGACACUUGAGGAAUUGACCUCAAAGGCACCCGUAGGGUAUGAAGAGGUGGAUGAAUGCACUUGGGAGCUGUUCAUUGUUUGUGCUAAGUUGUAAUUAGUGCUAUUUGUUAAGAGCCGGGUGCUACAGAAAACAGAGAUAACUGCACAGGCCCUGCCCCCAGGGGAUUGCGUUAGACAGAAACACACUGGUGGAUCCAGAAGUGGACAUAGCACAGUCCAUGUGGGUGUUUGUUUUCAUAGUGCAGAGUGAAGGUGCAAUGUCUGAGCUGUUAUGAUGUCACACCCAGCCAGGUUGUGUGGGCAGGGUUUUCUGGUACUCUAUACAUUACUUUUACAGCUAUGGUCUAUUCUAAUGUCAGUAAUCAGAACCCGGGGCACUGUAUUAUCUAUAUCCCGUUGCAUCCUUUGGGCCUGGAUGCUAAUGUCUUUACUGGAUCAAUGGUUACAUUCUGUAUGUGCCAGAAGCACCCAGGAAAGGUUCUGCUUGCAGACCAGCUAUGUUCAAGUCUGAGACUUAAUAGACUCUUUAGAUUUCAUGCUGAAUAUUUUCUCCCUUAAAUAAAGAUAAGUUGUAUCUAAUUCAACGCAUGGUAAAAUUCCCACCUUCACAAAGGACUCAUACAAGGCUUAUGUGCUCCUUAAGUAACACCUGCUUCAAUGAUAGAUUGACCUAGUCUGGGUCCCAGUGAUGAUUUCCCCCAAGUGAGCAAGGAUUACGCACACUAGAGACGGAAUGGGAGCUCGAGGGGAGAAACAUCAAAUGGUGAAGGGCUGUUUCUUUGUGAAUUACAGUAACUUUAAUCAAGAACCCACUAUACACCUACAAUCACUUCCUGGGCUCCAAAUGCAGCCUCAUCCCUGGUCCGUGCCAGUUGAAAUUAUCUCGAACUGAGUCCGUUGUAUUCUCUGCUGUGUCCGCAGGACUGAGGUGUAAGUGCCAGGUGCCCUUAGAAGGACAAGUGUCCUGUGGAAAUCCUACUUGUGUAUUUAGAAGGAAAAGUACAAGUGCAAUGUAAGUACUUUCAAUUUCCGAAUUCACUGGAAUCGUCUGUUCAGUAUCUGGACAUUAACCAAACUAAUAUAAGCUCAUAGUGGAAGAGAAAGAAAAAGGGCAACAACUGAAAUGUUAUUCAUAGGAACGGCCCUGCUGGGUCAGACCCAAGGUCCAUCUGUCACGGAGUCCCCGGGCGAUGCUCUGGAACUGCUCCCCAUGAAGCCAGGCAGGAUUCUGGGGCAGUCGCCUUCCUGGGAGCAGCCUGUCUUCAGGACACACAGCUCACACAGCUUCCACCUUCCUGGGUCUGACCUCGGAGCCUUCAGCCUCCUCUGCCCCCCCCAUACAACUCACCCCCUGAGUAACCAUGAACAGAGCUGCGCUUGCCAGGUUGUCUCCUGGGUUCUCGUUUUCUGAGAACUAAUCUGAGAAAACAACCCUGGUAAACCAGCUCCAAGGUGUUUUCCCGUCAAUGGAAUUCACUGACCAAGUAACUCCUCCUACAGCUCCUGGGUCUGACCCCAAAUAGAAAGUGAAACGGAAACAGUUUAACUGUGUAAGACAGAAUCCGAAACCAUGUGAAAGUUUGACUUUUCUGUGAAAGCCGCACAGCUCCGGUGGACGGCGUACAGCCCGCAGGGACCAGCAGCCCCUGAAGGAUGAAUACACGUUGGGUCUCCGAGCUGAAUUAGGAGCCCCAAGGUCAGACAGAGGAGAGAGCAUCUGGGUGUGUAACAAUGGCCGGAUCAGAUGACACCAUUGCGAUGCCGGCUCUGGGCCGCCCUUUCCAGCUGGGGAUGCUGUACGACUGCCGCAAGGACUCCCUCAUCCCAGGGAUCACGCUGUGGGGCCUGGAACAGCUUCGCAAGGAUGUAAACACAAAACCACAACCCAAGACUGAAUUUGAGAUCAUCGCAUCCGACACCAUUGAAGACAAGGCCAGUGCCCUCGAUGUCACAGCCUCGCUGAAGGCCAGUUUCCUGGGGGGGCUGGUUGAAGUAAGUGGAUCUGCCAAAUACUUAAAUGACACCAAAAAAUCCAAACAACAGGCCCGAAUUACUCUCCAGUACUCUGCCACAACAAAGUUUGAGCAACUAACUAUGAACCAUUUAGGAACAGAGAAUGUCUCUUAUCCUGCUGUAUUUGACCAAGGCACGGCCACCCAUGUAGUCACGGCUGUGCUGUACGGGGCUCAGGCUUUCUUCGUGUUUGAUCGGGAAGUUUCUUCUUCUGAGAAUGUACGUGAGAUAGAGGGAAAGCUCCAGAUUGCAAUUAAAAAGAUACCCAUGUUUUCCAUAGAAGGGGAAGGAGCUGUCAAAAUGGAUGAAAAGGAAAAAUUAAAUGCUUCAAAAUUUAACUGCAAGUUCCAUGGUGAUUUUGCUCUUGAGAGAAAUCCAACUAAUUUCGAAGAUGCCAUGCAAAUAUACUCCACCCUCCCCAAGCUGCUGGGUGACAGUGGGGAGAAGGCCGUACCAGUGAGAGUCUGGCUGUACCCGCUGACCAAGCUGGAUUCCAGAGCUGCUCGGCUGGUGCGUGAGAUCAGCUUAACACUGAUUUCUGAUGCUCAGACUGCUAUGGAGGAACUGGCAGAAGUAAACAUGCAAUGCAAUGACAUGGUGAAGAGUCCGAUUGCCACAAGCUUCCCCGAAAUCAAGCUGAAAAUCCAGCAGUUCAGAGAUCUGUGUAAGCAACACAGACAGACUUUCCAGAAACAGCUAGCAGGACUCUUACCGUUAAUCCGUGGAGGUGGAAAAGAGGAAGGGGCUCUGGUGGAUAUUUUAUCAUGUAAAAACCAGUCACCGUUCAAUACUCAGAGACUCAGUGAAUUUCUGGGUACAAAGGAGAAAGAGAUGAAUUAUGUGAAUUCCUACCUUAAGAUCCUAAGCAAUGUAAAAGUGGUGUCCUCUCAGAGUGAACUAGAUGAAAUAGUACUCGACCCUGAGCUUGACUUUAUCGUCUCCUUUACAUUCACCUCACUGCAUGAAGAGGAGCCAUAUUUAUCAGAUUUAAAACAGUGGCUUCAGACCCAGUAUAUAAAGGAAACUCAUGAUCCUGCAGCAGCCAGUUCUGUCGCUGAGAAACCAAAAUCCAAAGUGUGGUUUGAGGAAAAAGAAAUAUAUAAAAAAGCUCGAAAAUCUGCAAAGUCCCUUUCACAUUUUGUCAGUGUCAACAAAUCUAACAGGAAGAUUCGGUUCAUUGUGUCCUCUGUUCCAGACAAGGACAAUCCAGGCACUUCCAUUUACCUGUAUGAGGAGGGAGAGCUGAUCAGCACCAACUUUGAGCCUCCAUCAAAGCCUCUUCCUCCCCUGAUUGAUGGAAUCAAACAUGACCGUGUGCAGCUCAAGUUUAACCCAGCAGCCUAUGGAAGAACUGAGAUAUCCGGCUAUCGGGCAGAGUACAGAAUUGUAGGACAGGAGAACUGGACGGCUGUGAAUGUAAAUAACACGCAAGAGACAUUCACAGUAACAGGGCUACGUGCAAACACCGAGUACCACUUCCGAUACGCUGCAGUGAGCAAACCAGGGCUCAGCGAGAGCAGCGAUGUGAGUAAUCCUGUGAAGACUCUCCCUCCUACCAGCCCGCCUGGGAAGCCCGUAACAGUUAUUGUAGAUUCAUCUGCCAUCGCCCUCACCUGGGAGAGUCCAAGUGUCACUGGAGAUGGAGUCAGAAUAAGGGAGUAUAAGGUGGAAUAUAAAGAGGAGGCAGGAGAUACAAGUCAGGAGGGGAAAGACAAAGGGCUGGAACGAAGGACAGAAAAGAGAACCGAGUUCUAUAGCAUUGAUGGACUGAGUCCUGAGACACCCUACAGAGUCCGGGUUUCGGCUGUGUGUGCGGAUGGGGCUGUGAGUGACCCAAGCGAAGAGACUUGCAUCUCAACCCUAAAGAAAGCGAAUGUGACUCUGGAUCCAGACACGGCACAUCCUGAGCUCGUCCUGUCUGAUGAUCGAAGAACCGUGAGCCGGGGACACGAGAGCCAGACGUUGCCUUACAAACCGGAGAGAUUUCGUUAUUUGCUGAGUGUGCUGGGCUCUGAGGGCUUCACCUCGGGGAAACAUUCCUGGCAGGUGAAGGUGAAGGGAGGAGUAGCCGGAGACUGGGCUGUGGGGGUAGCUAGACAGUCUGUGCUGAGGAAGGAAGAGGUUGGCUUUAUCCCCGAGGAUGGGGUCUGGGUGGUGCAGAAAUGGGGCAAUGCCAGAGACUAUCGGGCUCAAACCUCCCCUGUCACCCGCCUGUCCUUGAGUAGAGAACCCAGCAGGAUCCGGGUCUCUCUGGACUAUGAAGGGGGGUUGGUGGCAUUUAAUUAUGCUGAUGAUCUGGCCCCGAUCUUCACUUUCCCACAGGCUUCUUUCAAUGGGGAGAAAAUCUUCCCUUUCUUCUGGGUCUGGGGUGGAGGAUUCCAGCUGAGCAUCCAUCCCUGAGACUCAGGGUAGCCCAGGGCCCUGUCAGUACCAUACAGAGCAGGCUAGACCCAUCUCACAGUCCUGCAGUGACUGCCCAGUCUGCUUGUUCUCAUGCUGUAUGGUUCUGUAGGAUUAUAUCCGUGAACAGGGUCAGAGAAAGGUGGGGGGCAGAGGGGUGG